CCUCGUAGGGAGCGAGGGAGGGGGGCGCAUCUGACACGCCCAGGCCGCGCGUGGGCUUGUGAAUGAACCACGUGGCACAGACUCAUUUCCAGCUCUGGAGACGCACCUCUGCCUGGGACUCUUAGAAAUUUAGCGCUUUCUCCGGCGGUUCGCUCACCGCUGCCAGCCAAUCCAUCCGGAUGCAGCCCGGCAUGGAGGCAACAGCGCGCCGCUCCUCCUACAGUUUCUCUGCCGUUUGCUGCCUCCUCGCUGGAACCUUCCUGCCGCUGCCAGGAGAUGGGCAGAAUUUAUCAUCAAUUCAAUCUGGCUCUGUGUCGCACUUCGUGCUCCCUCACACGGAGGCUGGCGGCCUCGGCAACUGGACAAUUCCCCCUACUGCUAUAAGUGUGGAUAGCAAUGCCACCCUUGCUUCACAGUUAAAUGUCAGUAGCUCCGUCCCGCUUGAACCUCUGGCACCUACGGAACACAGCUCCUUAAGCACAACAGCAAAACUACAGAACACAACACAUGUUGCCAACAGUAGUGCUGACAUCCAUUUACUUCCUGCUGCAACUGCAAAUUUGGUAGAAGUGAACCAGACCCGCCUGAAUGAUUCCGAACCCAUCAGUACCACAGUCUUGGUUAUUUCCAGUACAAAUGUCAUGGCUACAGAGCCCUCUCAGCCAAAGGAGGUACAAGGGCCGACAUCUCCUUCCCAGCCAAAAGCUUCCACACUCAUCACCUCAGGGCCUACAGAAAGGAGACCAGAAACUAUGUCGGUGGCAAACCAUGAUGCUAUCACAGAGGGGAGCAGUGCCGAGUACACCUUGGCUCCAAAUACAACUGAUACAGAUGGAAGAGUGCUCACAGCGAGCGCCUCUAGCACUACCAUGUUAACACCAGGCAUUGUCUCCUCCACACUCACAUCUCCCAGAGUCCCACCAGUGGAAACAGAGCAAACAGUGAACCACGUGCAAAAGAAGACCUCUACCACAGACGUGGGAGAUGGCGAAGACCUACCUAGUAUACCAGAAGCCAGCCCAAUAGGUGAGGACCCUCUGGUGAUUGCAGUCAUCUUCAUCUUCAUUGUGACAGUGGGGAUCCUGGCUCUUAUGGGGUUCUUGCGGUACCGACAGCGCAGUGGUCAGCUGCAGUUCCGGCGGCUCCAGGAUUUGCCUAUGGAUGACAUGAUGGAGGACACACCUCUUUCCCUCUACAGCUACUAAGCAGUUGGAAGACAAUUUUCCUAUUCAGAUUCUGACCAGCCAAGGGAGGCGUAAAGGCUUCUGACCUGGAAGAGCAUCCCCUGCAAGAUGCUGCCCUGAUUUCCCAUGACUAUAAAGUUGUGAGUCAGCUGACUUAGUCUACAAAGAGACUUGUUUUUCUUUCCUUUUGGGAAUUGGCACCAGCCUGACCUAGUCCUUUCCCUUGUACCUUUGUGCUCCUUGUGCCUUGUGUUCAGAGCCAUACAGCUCUCGGGGAAAUGGACUUUCGUUCAGUGACUGUACUAACUCUUGUUCACAUUGCCAAGGGAGGCCUUGCUUGGAUUUUGGAGAGCUGCACUGUGGGAUGCUUGCACAAGAAGUGAAGCAGCUGUGGGGGCAAGUCAGCCCAGUGCAAAACCACGGAGUAUGUUACAUGUGAAAGGAGAUGCAACCCAACUGUGAUUUGGAGGCCUAGUUGGCUCCUUCCUUGAGUUUUACAUAUAUACUUUUAAAUUGCACUUCUAUUUACAUUUUUUAUCAAUAGGAUCCAAAGGUGUUCCAGAGGGUCUAGUAGGAAAACAGGGAGCAGUGACCCCCAUAUUUGCCGUAAGAGCCCUGAUCCACCAGGACAAAAAUCCAUUCAGCCCAUCAUUCUGCUUCCCAUAUUGAUCACUCACAAGCCUCCAGGAAACUUGCAAACAGGAUUUGAAGACAGUAACCCUGACCCAGCAAAUGGUCAUCAAAGACAUUGCAUAGCUUUAUUGCUGUGGAAGACGUGCUCCGGCCCCCCCAAUUAUUGCUAUAUUUCAGGGGGAAUAAAAGCAGUUUUGAUUCAGGCAACACUGUUUGGGGGAAGCAGUUUAUUUUUGGAGUUUCUCCAUAAAAUUCUGCCACUGUUCUUGGUACCAAGGUGUGGUACAGAAGAUGGCCAGUAAUUAUACCAGCCCAGUUGUGCCCAUACAGUUGUCUGACAACAGCCCAGAUCAAUGGGUCUCAUAUGUGUACUUAAUGCUGCCACUGGAAGCUGCAUCUGACUGUUGUAUCGCUUGCUUGUUAGAUUCAUACUUAAAUAGUCCUGGCAACCGUCUUCAUGUGGACUCUUGGCAGUUACCUCCUGCUGUUUGCAGAGAGCGUUCAUUACCCACCUUGUCCUCUCCUGUUACUUCUUUACCUGCUAAUCCUAGAAGAAUUGCUUGUGCCUUGUCUGGAUGAAGAAAUCUAGAUUCACCAACCCCUAACUUUGCUGCACAAUCCCAAAUGUGCAGCUGUAUCUCCCAGACUAGUCCUAACCAAAGAUGGAGCAGGCCAAUUAAGCUGCAGUGUCCCUAUUAUGUCUGCAUAAGAGUGUACAUUUUACUUCUUCAUUUCAAAUUCUCUUUAUUCCACCCUGUAUCCUCUUUUCUCCAGCUGUUUUCUGUUUCUUCCGUUCUGUUUCCCCUCACUUCCUCCACCUGACAUCUCUCAUUUACAUCUUUAUCCUUCUGAAGGCUUUUCCGGAACAUAACACCUUUGUGUUUGGACUGUUGAUUGUGGGUCUGCAAUAAAAUUGGUUUUCCUCUAAAUAGGCUUAUUUCCUUCCUUGCUUGAAGCUUCUUAAGUUGUAAGUUGGAUGAGAUAGGAGCCUUUGCUUGGGUUUUCUGCAACACCCCCAAUUUGCAUCCCAGCAAACUAGAAGCAUUAUGUUGCUGCUACCCCUUCACAUGCCUGUAUAAAAUAAGGAACAGCAUACAUUAUUUUAAGAGGAGCUAGAGUGAGCAUGCCAGGGACAAAUAAAAAGCUCUAAAGGUAAUGUAUUACUCUUUAAAUCCUUACACACACCAUCUGAUUUGUGAAAGGGAAUUUUUAUUCAGUAGGCAUUCAUGCAGGGGAAUCUCACUGUGACUAAAGGGACUAGUUCUAAGAAGUUCUAUCUUCAUUCCAAGAUAGGGGUACCCCAAUCAUUUAUCUAGUUAGGAAAGCUACCUCUCAUGGAAGUUUGAGAACCUCCGCAGUUAAACCUCAAGGUGUCACACACUUGGGCUUUUCAAAGGCCUACAGAAAGUUGAGUAUUCCAUGUGAUGCCCUUAAGAAAGGGGUUGCACAAAUGCUCCCCUUGAAGUCUGCAAAAUUGCUGUAGAAGUGAGUAGGACUUGUAGCCACAACUGACAGACUAAUCCAGAUAAAACCCAAACAAGCCUGAAAGAUGCUGAUAGUGUGACCCUAUUCAGGUUUGUUUUGUCUGAAGUCCGUGCCACUGAGAUUAAUAGGGCUCACUCUAAUGUGUGUCAAGGACUGCAGCCCUGCUUGCUAGAUAACUGUUAGGCAGGAAGCACAUUCAUAGAAUUGUAGAGUUGGAAGGGACCUCAAGGGUCAUCUAGCCCAACCCUCUGCAAUGCAGGAAUCUCAGCUAAAACAUCCAUGACACGGGGAGACAACAUUUGCUUACUGAUCGAUGCAGGCUCACUACACAACCCAAAGUCCUUGCACUAACACUAACAGAACGUCCACUGAAAUAAAACUGUAUUUUCCAAGCCUGCCUUAUAGCGGGCAAGGGGGAUGCAGAGACAUACAAGACUGCAGGGAGGCUAUUUCACAGAGAGAGGGGGAGAGAGUCUCAUCCCCUCCCUCUGUUUUCAAAGGGCCUCAAACAAAGAGUGAAGUUCCUGGGUAGGCUUGCCUCAGAGACUUCUGCCCCAGCAAAGCUGCACCCUUCUGCUUUGUAGCUGAAUGAAUGUUAACACUGCAGUUCCCCAGGGGCUAGCCCCCAAAAUAUAUUUGAGGUUUCGUUGCACAAGCAAGGAGUCUGUUUGACAGAGCCACAAUGGGCAACAUGCCAGAUCCUUAUAGGUCCCUUUGAAGGCAGCACAAGCCUUUGAUACCUCCUCUGGGUUGUUGCUUUUUUCACCAUUCCAGGCUGCAUUAAUUAUGUUCAUUACGAAGAGGCUAGAAAUCAAUCUCAGCGGCUUACCUUUGAAGCUAGAAAAUGGGUGGGGCACAAACCCAGAUAAAAAGAAAUCUAAGCCAAGCCACUUCCUUGUGGGAGUGUGCAUUCAUGUGUCUGUGGCAAAACAAUAAAAUAGUGGCCAUAUUUAUAUGCUGUAUGGUGCCUAUAAAGCCAGCCAGAGCUGAAGCUAGUUUCUUCU